GUUGUUUUAAAAUAAAUGGAAAACAAGAGACAAAGAAAAAAAAGAACACUUAUUACAAAGGAUAUUGUAAAAACAAUAAGAAAGUCAAUUCUUAAAGAAAUGAAGUUAAAAGAAAUUGCGGAAGAAGUUGAAAUAUCAGUUUCUGCAACACGUUCUAUUUCUGAUAAAAUCUGUAAAGGACUUAGUGAUGAUGAAAUCGCAUCAGUAAAAAAAGGAAGGCGCAGCUCUUAUGACGAGACACUUAAAUCUGAAAUUCGAAUGUUAAUUGAGCAUGACCCAUCUCAUACGUUAGCAUCAUUGAGAAACAUUCUCGUUGAAAGGAAUAUUAAUGCAUCUAUACCAACAAUAUCUAAAUAUUUGAAGUCGAUGGAGUUCACUAGAAAACGACUUACAUUAGUACCAAAAGAAAGGAACUCGCCGCAAAACAUUGAUUUAAGACAAAGUUUUUGCAGGACUAUUAAUUCGAUUCCUGACAAUAACUUAGUGUUUCUAGAUGAAACAGGCUUUAAUUUACAUACUUCUAAACAGUAUGGUUAUUCUAUAAAGAAUACAAAAUGUUUUGUUACAGUGCCAGCAAAUCGUGGAAAGAAUGUAAGUCUCAUGGCCGCUAUAACAGUUAAUGGUAUUUUAAGCUUUAAGAUAGUGGAUGGUGCCUAUAAUGGCAAUCUUUUUUGCGAUUUUAUAACCAACAAUUUAAGACCGUAUUUCCAAACGUAUCCCCAUUCUGUACUAGUAUUGAAUAAUUGUGCAUUUCACCGUAGAAGAGAUGUAAUCAAUUUGCUCAGCCAAUCCAGUGUUUCAGUUUACUUUUUGCCACCUUAUUCACCACAAUUGAACCCGAUUGAGGAAUACUUUAGUUGUCUUAAAGCUAAUUAUACUUCUAUAAGGCCGUUUCCAAAAACUAGCAAUGAAGUUAAGGCUACUUUAAAUUCGCUUAUACCGACAAUUGGCGUUGAUUUUUGUGGUUGGUUUGAUAAUAUGAGAAGAUGGGUUUUGAAAGGCAUAGCAAGACAAGAAUUUUACUAAAGUGGAUACUUUGCUUUUUAUAUUAUAUCUUUAAGUAUAAUGAGUUAUAAUUAUAUAAAAGAUACUCUUUAUUCUUUAGAAAUUUAUGAAUAACUUUAUGUAUCAUAAUUGCACUAUUGAUUCAAC